ACUUUUUAUUCAAAAUUUCCCUUAGUUUUAAUUGUACAAAAUUGUUAGCAGAUAUAAAAAAAUAUAUAAAAUUAGCAAAAUUCAGCAAUGCCUUACGACAACUCGACAUUUGGAUAUGGCUUUUACUAUGGAACGACGACGCCGGAACCACCACUUACACUGAAAAUGUGGGGACUUUUGUUCAUAUUCGGUGUGAUCGUCGUGAUGACACUCCUGUGCAUCGGCUGUAUAAUCCUUCUCGUCCUGUUCGGCUGUGUGAACUCCUUCCUGUGCAUUCACUGUCGCCGGUGUCGCGAUGAGACAACUGAGGCCUAGCUCUGUGUACUUUGGGACAACAAAAAGAAAAUAUGUUUUUAUAAGGACAAAGUCAAUGGAUGUAAAACUCUAAAAAGCCUUUUGGUAUUUGUAUGAAAUGCAUAUAGUUAAAAGUAAACUUAUCCCUGGAUUAUUGGA